CCGAUCAAUAACUUUCCUAAUAGGGGCUCACUUGUCGUUCUCACGGCAUUCCCAAGGCAGAUUUCUUAUACUCGAUUAGACUCAAUCGCGGAUCCCUGCUCAGGCCAUAUAAUGUUUAAUAGGCGCUGCCAACCCUCUUGAAUCAUGUGGCGAUCAAAUGAGCAGAGUCAUUUUAGCUACACGCGUGGAAGAAGUGAAAGCCCAACGCCGAGAGUAGAAGGCUGAAUCUUACACCAGGAAAAGGCUUAAAGCACAAUUUUCCUAACAAUAUUUGGAGACGAGAUUAAAGAGCCGGAAGCUCGAGGCGUCAUGACUGAAUCAACAUAUCAAAUUCAACAUACAAAGAGGGUCUUCCCCCUGAACGGUCCAAAACAGAUAACAACUACGAAAUUGUCUAUUCUUGACGCAUCCGUCACGCGAUUUGCACUAUGCGGCGCAAUCUGGCUUUACGAUCGAGCCGAAAACGCUGAUUCGCGUGAUCCUACUUUAUUCGAACGGUUGGAGAAAGCGCUUAGGCAGACCCUGGACGACUACCCACACUUCGCAGGCCAGCUCCGAUGGGCAUCCGAGGAGCUUGUGAAAGGAGACGUAAAUCCUCGGUAUAUCGGUCGGCCGGUGGUUGUAUAUGGUAGCCCGGGGGAUCCUGGAGUGGAAUUGACAAUUGUAGAAGACAGCCGAGAGCUCAGCGCUAUAGUACCAAGCCAAGAGGAGCGAUUAGCUGCAAAGCAAGUGUGGAAUGCGACAGAUUUCCCUCAGAAUGACCUCCUCGCCAAAACGAAACUUGCAUUCUCGAGCUUGUCGGAGUUUGAGGGUCUGCCAGGCGUUACUAUCCAAUUGACGAGCUUCAAAUGCGGCGGGUUUGCGAUCAGCAUCAAGCUUACGCAUUGCCUCUCCGAUGCUAUGUGUCUUAUGCAAUUCGCCCAUGCCUGGGCAGUGCAGUCGCGAUAUCUGUUUGGGAGUGAUAGAUCCGAUGGGGAAAAGCGUCUUGUACCGUUAUUCGAACCCUCGCAGCUAGACCAGCGCGCCCAUCUUACCCCCACAGGACCAGAUCCAGAGAAAGUCGGAAUAGCGAGAGCCCUACCCAUGCAUCGAUACGAUUGGUGGGCCAAAGAUGCACCAGGCUAUCCUCCUUGGGCCGAAGCGUCCACACUCGGCACGAGACCACCACCGGAGGAACUAGCUCGCUCAGAGCUAAGCCCCUCCUCCUAUCCACCUUGGCCAACAUGGGACUUGGCUGCUCCUGUGGAGCAUGUGCAAAUCCGCUUCAAAGCGGAAACCAUUGUCGCGAUGAAGAAGGCCGCUGAGAGUAGCCUUCCAGAGUCCCUAAGAGGGCACCGCGUUUCACGGCUUGACGCUGCUCUGGCGCACAUCUGGAUUCUUAUCAACCGCGCAAGACAGCUUGAGAGGUCUCAAGAUCAGGUGUAUAUUGACAUCACCCUUGGGGUUCGCAAUCGGGUCAACCCACCACUACCAGAUACCUUCUCUGGCUCUCCGAUCUUAUUGGGUUAUGUUGCCAAACCUGGCUCUGAAGUGACCACUGCGACCAUCGGUUCAAUUGCCGGUUCGAUUAGACAGACGAUGUCCCUAUUCACCCCCGACGCUGUGUCUGCAUAUAUCCACGACGCAGCUUACGAGGUUAGCCCACAGCGCCUAUGGCAAGCCUUCCUCGGCUCCAAACAUACACUCGUUACUUCAUGGGUACGAGCACAGGCAUACGAGGUUGACUUCUGCGCGACGCAUAAGCUAGCUCGGUACGUGCAAGGUGUGAUGCCGCGAAUGGACGGGCUCGUCCAGGUUAUGGACAUUGCGGACACGGGAGAUUUUGAUAUCAGCGUAUGUUUAGAGAAGGAAACGAUGCAGCGGGUUCUCCAGGAUCCAAUGCUGAAAGCGUAUGGGUUUUGAUGGAAGAUAAAUAGUAUUAGGAUAGAUAACUACUAGUUUAAAUAGUAAAAGAAGACGUAGGACAUCACAUAUCCUUCCUAAAAUAUUUCUAGAAUAACCCCUAUAUGUCAAAUGCGAAAAGGGGGGGCGGUUUAGACCCGGACUCUCGGGUACGCCGCCUCACUCUGUACGAAGUAGUACGGGGGUAGUGUUAC